GGAUGUAGAAAUGUAUUAGCCCGCAUGCAAAAAAGAGAGACAUCAAGCCGGAUUAUAAACCUUUCCUAAAAUUAUUGGUAGCAUUUUUUAGGUCAGAUAGGGUGAAGUCCUUCCAGGAUGAUUUGAAUGGAUCAAGACACGUCGGUGCAUUUUCCCUCACGCUUCUACUUUUCCUUCUGGAUGUCUUUGGCACAACCAAAGUUGGAAUAGAAGGUAGUCUUUUGCUUGAACUUCUUUUGCAUAUUUUGAAGAACUUUUGCUAGCGAGAGGACAUCCGUGGAUUUGACAAGCAGAGCUGAGACGUUGUGGGUUUAGCUUUAGGAGAACUGGAGCCAUUCUCCUGGUUUCUAAUGCAUGCUUCAAUAACCCCUUUAGGAGAAGAAUCAUCGUGUUUCUCGUUGUCUAUCUCAAACAAUUUGCAGUCUACAACAAAUGAUAAUCCAUCAGAGGCAAAGCAAAAGAAAAAACACACAAUCUCUUUGGAAUACAGCUGAUGUCACCUUGAGCAAAAGCCGAGGAAGAGAUAUUAUUAUUCUGUCCAGCAACAACAACUUUGUUUUCUGAGCAGCUGGAGUUUUCAAAAGGAUACCUGCACUUCACAUAGAUGGUGAAAUUUAUGAAGUUUAAUGAGUCUCUAUGUCCAUGAAAGAUGAGAAUUAGGGUAAACUAGCAGUGAAUUUGUUGUUGUGAGCUAAAUUCCAUUAAAAUGGGGCGACCAGGAUUGAGGAAUUGGGAUAUUUUUUAUGAAGCAAGACGUGGAAAUAAAAAAAGAGAGACUAUUAGUGAUAAUAUUCGUUUCAUGCAAAACAUUUCAAGUUCAAAGAAUGUCGAUGAAGAUUAUUUCGAGUUUUUAAAGCCUCUCUAUAACUACGAUACAAAUUCUCUGUCAUACACAAAUGAACAUGGAAAUGAUGGCAACUAUUAUGAGGUUGAGAUUGAGUAUGAGGAGGAGGAUGAAGCUAACCUGCAGUACAAGAUGGUUUUGACUAAUGCUAAGCCAGAUGGGAAGUCAUAUGUGCUUGAAGCUGAAACAGAGGAAGGGUUACCUGUGUUCAUAAAGUAUGAAAAAGAGUGUGACUGUAAUGAUGAGUAUGUAUGUGCAUGUUGGAAAAAACAGAAAGAUAUAGAGAUGCAAAAGGAUGAGAAAAACUUGCUUCCUACUCGUCGCAAAUUUGAGGUAAAAAAACAGAUAUUUUCAACAGCUAGAUCCAUGGGAGAUGUGGAUGUGAUAUCAAAAACUCUGCACCUACGUUUGUCUCUAUCAAAUCACAAAGGAUUCUUAGUUUCUUACUGUUCAUAUAUUUUUUUUUUUAUAACAUAUUCCGUUCACAAUUAAGCCUACUGCUCUAAACUUCACUUAGCAAUUGACCUCCUAAAACUUGGAAGGUUGUUACAACAUCGAAUAGACAGAUUAAUUUGUUUCUUUUUAGAAUGAAGCAAUAUUAGAAAUAAAUUUACACCUUCCUUGGAGUAA